AUGAGCAAGCGUAUCGAAUGGGCAGUCUUUGCGUCAUCUUUACAGCCUUACGCAACUGUUCAGCAUUUUAGCGAUUGGCUCACUCAACUUGCCAAUGUCAUCUGCACGGUUUACGAUAGAGAAGCAGCGAAAGAUUCGAAGCGUCGGGUUGUGUUGCACGCUGCCGAAUCUCAACGUCAUUCAGCCUGCCCUAUUUGCCAGGGCCAACAUAAGCCGGCCGAUUGUAAGCAGUUUAGACAACUUACAGUGCCGGAAAGGUGGGAGGAAGUGAAACGACGUCACCUUUACUUUUCUUGUCUCAACGUUGGGCAUGGGUCGCGCAAUUGCCAACGGCGCAAACUAUGUUCAACUGACGGGUGCAAACGGUGGCAUCAUAAAUUGUUGCACGAUAUUUGGAAAACUAUCGAUUGGUCAUCAAACCAGUCACCGCGGCCUCGAGAUCGCCAACGACGUACUUCCAUUGCCGAUCUGCAUACAGGUAUUGGUACGAGGACGCAGCCAGCGUCUCGUAUUGAACAGCAAGGUGAUGCGGGUGCAGCGGUCCUUAGUUGCAGCACAGAUAACAAUAGCAAGUUAUUAUUUCGGAUUCUGCCGGUCGUGCUGUAUGGGAACCAAAAGCGCAUUGAGUCGUACGCACUUUUAGAUGAAGGUUUGUCAAUAACAAUGACUGAUAGCACACUAAUUGAAGAGCUCGGCUUACGUGGCCGGACUGAACGCUUGAACCUACAGUGGUUCGGAGGACGGGCCGCUCAGGAGCCGGCCAUGGUGGUAGAUCUACUCGUGAGUGGUGCCGGUAUGCAAAAGAGACAUAAGUUACGAAGGGUUUAUGGUGUUUCAAACUUGCAGCUGCCUUCUCAGAGUCUGAAUAAAGCCGAUUUGCGUUGCCAUGAAAGCCAAUUGAAUAAGCUGGCAGUUGAACCAUACGCACAAGUCAAGCCAAAGCUGCUAAUCGGACUCGGCCACUGCCACCUCGGUUUGCCGUCAACUACAAUGCAGCUAAACAAGUGUGGGCCAUUCGCUGCGAAUACUGAGCUAGGAUGGGUUGUGUUUGGGCCAACAAUGAACUCCGAUCCAUCAUUGCCAUCAUGCUUAUUCGUUAACUGCCACACUGAUCAAUCUCUACAUAAUAUGGUUGCUGAAUACUUCGAGACGGAAAGCUUUGGGGUUCGAGCUGCGCCUAUCAUGGAGAGUGAAGCUGACGUCCGUGCUCGGGAAAUAUUGAAGUCUACUACAUGCCGUGUUGAAGGAAGGUACCAGACUGGUCUGCUCUGGAAACGUUCCGACAUACAGCUACCUGACAGCUAUUCUAUGGCUUUGAAAAGAUUAGCGGGUGUUGAAGCAAAAAUGAGGCGCGAUACAGACUUUGCCGCUGAAUAUAACCGCAUCAUAAGUUCUUACGUCAUGAAGGACUACGCACGAAAGCUGUCGCCAGAAGAAGCCGCUUUAACUUGCAAUAGAACAUGGUACCUACCUCAUUUUGCCGUGAAGAAUCCAAAUAAGCCAGGCAAGUUACGCAUGGUGUUCGACGCAGCUGCUGAGGUGGACGGUGUGCCCCUUAAUUCACAGCUUAUGAAGGGUCCGCAAGAGUAUCGGUCUUUGCCUGCUAUACUAUUCCACUUUCGGGAAGGAGCAACGGGCGUGUGUGGGGACAUUAAAGAGAUGUUUCACCAGGUGCUGGUACAACGUGACGACAGAUGUGCGCAACGAUUUCUUUGGCGCCAAGGUGAUACUACCAGACAGCCCGAGGUGUAUGAGAUGCGCGUAAUGACCUUUGGAGCUGCGUAUUCGCCUUGCGCCGCCAAUUAUGUGAAGACGAUCAAUGCGUUGGAGUAUUGCAACAAAGUCAAGGGUGCUACCCGAGCCGUGAAAUCGAUACUGGACUACCAUUAUGUCGAUGACUAUGUCGAUAGCUUUGACACAGAGGAAGAAGCAGCUGACAUAACGAAACAAGUUCGAGCAAUACAUAAGAUGGCCGGUUUCGAUCUUUGCAAUUUCGCGUCAAACUCGUUAAGAGUGACAGAAGCACUUAAUGGUGACGGGAAUAUCGGUCAAAUAGCAAAUAAAGAAGGAGUACUGGUGGACAGAGUCCUCGGUUUGUUUUGGCAGGCAUCAACCGACACUUUUGGGUUUAAACUGAAAUUCAACAACGUAGAUUCCAACGUUUUGGACGGAGGGCGCCGUCCGACGAAGCGAGAACUUCUCAGUGUGGUCAUGUCGAUCUUCGACCCGCUGGGCUUUCUUAGCAACUUUGUAGUGAGCGCCAAGAUCCUCAUGCGGGAAGUGUGGAAGAAUGAUAUCCGGUGGGACGAGCCACUGCAACACAACGUAAACACCGCAUGGGAAGGAUGGCGUAAGCAAUUGCCAAUAGUCGCCGAAUAUACCGUCCCUCGAUACUAUUAUCGAAAUGGGAAACCUAAAGUUUUGCAGCUCCAUGUUUUCGUCGACGUCAGCGAGGAUGCCUUUGCCGCGGUAGCCUACUGGAUGUCAACUAAUGCCGCCGGUGAGGUUGAAGUCGCAUUUAUCUCUGCAAAAACUAAAUGCGCGCCGAUGAAGUCAUUGACGGUCCCUCGAUUGGAGCUUCAGGCAGCUGUAUUGGGUACGCGUUUGAUGAAUUGCCUACGAGAGGAGCACUCCUUGGAGUGA